AUGGGCUCCGCUUCCUUCUUGAAGAGGGCCCAGGCUCUGCUCCGCAUCCAGAACCAGCUGGCGCGGGAGUGCCUGGCUGAGCUGCUGGCCGUCUUCGUGCUCAUCCUGAUCACCCUGAGCGGCUCAGCACAGAUGGUCACCAGCUUCGAGACGAAGGGGAACAUCUUCACCUCCUACCUGGCGGGCGCACUGGGUGUCAUGGUGGCCGUCUACACGGCGGGGGGAGUGUCCGGGGCCCACCUGAACCCGUCGUUCUCCCUCGCCAUGUGCCUGCUGGAGCAGUUUCCUUGGUGGAAGUUUCCCAUCUUCCUGGCCGUGCAGAUCUCUGGAGCUUUCAUUGCCUCCGGAACUGUCUAUGUCCUCUACUACGAUGCCAUUCAGUACUACAGCAACGGGACCCUCACCGCCUCCGGCCCCCGGGAAACCGCCUCCAUCUUUGCCACCUACCCCUCUGACUACCUCUCCCUCUCCAACGGCUUCUUGGAUCAGGUGAUAGGCACGGCGCUGCUGAUCGUGGGCAUCCUGGCCAUGAUGGACACCCGCAACAAGGGUGUCCCCAAGGGCCUGGAGCCGGUGGUCGUGGCCCUGCUGGUCUUCUCCAUCGAGAUCUCCAUGGGCUCCAACUGCGGCUGCCCCUUGAACCCCGCGCGGGAUUUCGGGCCCCGGCUCUUCACCUACGUGGCGGGUUGGGGCGCCGAGGUCUUCAGCAGGGGCAAUGGGUGGUGGUGGGUGCCGGUGGUGGCACCGCUGGUGGGGGCCACGGUGGGCUCGGCCCUUUACCAGCUCCUCGUGGCUUUCCACUACCCGCCGGCGGAGGGGGACCCCCCGGCCGAGCAGAACUCCCUGGUCCUCGUCACCACCGCCGUCCCCCCAAACACCGAGGUGUCACCCGGGGAGAAGGAUGCCGAGGGGAUGCUGCCCCAGAAGAAGUGA